UGGAGAAAGCAACAUACACGGUGCAUCUGGGGUGGGCCGAAUGAAGCUGCAGGACAUAUGACUGGCCACAUCUGAACUACGGCUCCUGCCAGAUUUUUGGUUGGGGUACGCUGUGUGCUUCCCCUUAGCUGAAAAUCUUCAUGCCAAGCCCACAAUGAUAAUGCCCUGGGCCCUUCCAGGAUUGUGACAGUCCUGCUUUCUUGGUCUGGCUGCCCAGCAGUGUCCACACCCCACAGAAGAGAUGGCGAUAAGGGUAUUUGUCCUGCUGGCCAUCUUUACUGAGACAUUGACAGGCCCGUGUAUCCCAAAUAAAGCAGAUGUUAUUCUUGUAUUUUGUUAUCCUAAAACCAUCAUCACAAAAAUACCAGAGUGUCCCUAUGGAUGGGAAGUACACCAGCUGGCUCUUGGAGGGAUUUGUUACAACGGAGUCCACGAGGCAGGUUACUACCAGUUCAUAAUCCCUGACCUGUCACCUAAAAACAAGUCCUAUUGUGGAACCCAAUCUGAGUACAAGCCCCCUAUCUACCAUUUCUUCAGCCACAUUGUGUCCAACGACAGCACAGUGAUUGUGAAGAGCCAACCGGUGAAUUACUCCUUCUCUUGUACGUAUCAUUCAACCUACUUGGUCAACCAGGCUGCCUUUGAUCAGAGUCCUUAUGCAAAACUCUCUCCCCUUUCCAGAGUGGCCACAGUCCAUGUCAAGAACGGGAGCGUCGGCUCCUUUGAAAGCCAGUUGUCUCUGAACUUCUAUACCAAUGCCAAGUUCUCCACUAAAAAAGAAGCCCCUUUCGUGUUGGAAACCUCAGAAAUUGGGUCGGAUUUGUUCGCAGGCGUGGAAGCCAAAGGGUUAAGUAUUAGGUUUAAGGUUGUGCUGAACAGCUGCUGGGCCACACCUUCAGCAGACUUCAUGUAUCCCAUGCAGUGGCAGCUAAUUGGUAAAGGAUGCCCCACUGAUGAAACUGUUCUGGUGCAUGAAAAUGGCAAGGAUCAUAGAGCAACUUUUCAGUUCAAUGCUUUCCGCUUCCAAAAUGUGCCCAAACUCUCCAAGGUAUGGCUACACUGUGAGACGUUCAUUUGUGACAGUGAAAAGUUCUCCUGCCCAGUGACCUGUGACAAAAGGAAGCAAUUCCAUGAAGAGACUGGAGGAGUGUUAGUCGUGGAACUUUCUAUUCGUAGCCGAGGCUUCUCCAGUCAUUAUACUUUCUCAGAGAUUCUCUAUCACUUGGUCUUCAUGCUUGGCUUCUUCACCGUGAUAGGAGACCAAACGGCAUCUGUGGCCCCUUGAUCCAAGGUCACCCUUUGCUGAUGACAAACUCAAGUUCAUUUCUGCUGCCAAAAGCAAAACAAAAUAUUCUUUUAUCAGGAAAGUGAAUAAAACUUGGGCAAGUUUUUGUUUCAGUGAUUUGUCUAAAUUUCCCAGAUUUGGAGGGUUUUUGUUUGUUUAGUUGCUGUUCCCCAAUUUCUAUCUGUUGCUACUUCUUGAGAUUGAAAGGGGCUUUCCUACUCAUUCAGUUCCUCUUCCUUUAAUUGGGAGAGGCUUUUUGUCCCUUCCAAUUUUAAAAGUCAAGGGCUGUUUGAAAACUGUGUUAAAGAUAACAGUGCACUGACCAAACAAAGCUGACCUUUUGAAAGGGAGUUGAGGGGUCAUUCAUUUUGAGCCAAUCCUGGUGUAGGAUGCCUAAGAAAGGUCAGCUCUUCAGAUAAGCAUGAUGCUAUCUAUGCAGAACCGCUAGGCUUGGGCUGCCAACCCCUGAAAUAAAUGUGUGAUAACAAGGUAGAAAAGGUAGUGGACACUAUGGGAAAACCAGGGGUCUCCAGCCUUUUCUCAGCAUGCCACAAAAUAAAUUCUUGGUCUCCGACCACUUGAAGAGACUUCAAGCACCAUCAAUGAAUGACUCUUUUUAUUAUACUAAAGUAAUAUAGCUCCUAGUGUAGUAGGCAGUCAAUACUUAUUUGCUGAUCUGAAUGAAGUAAGAAUAGGAAUACUUACUGCACACUUGUGUAUACAAAGUGCUUUCAACAUACCCCAGCUCAUUUGAGAAAUCUGAAACACCCCAAACUACACAAGUUACACACACACACACCCUCCAAAAACAAACAAACAGUUGCUGAUUCAACAGUAGGAAUUUAUUGUAAUAACUAUAUAAGCAGUAAAGUUUUCAGUUCAAACCACAGAACCCAAAGCUGUUUAGGAAGUUUUGGCUCUAGCAGUUUCAAUUUUUAGUAGUAAGGAACACAGGAGAAAAGCAUUUUAUUCUAAUCAGAAACGUCUUGGCUAGUAAAUAGUAAAUUUAUGUUCACAUUCCUGUGAAUAUAAAUCUUUGGCCAGCAGAGCAAAUCAAUGCCUAUGUUUGGUCUGGUUUAUUUUAUUAUCAAUUUUUACAGUCCUGUAUAUCUAUCUGCCUGGUGCUAUGUAAUAAAAAGUUUCCUAAAACAAAUAAUUUGUAUCUGUUGUUUAUGACCUAGAAGUGUCAUUCUUGAUAACCAAUUCUCCUGAACACCCAUGAGAGUCUACUCUAAUUUCUUUUACUUGCAAAUACACUACAGGCUCACAAUCACUACUGUGACCUAUAAAUUUUUGUGUUGUUUACUGUCAGAUUUCCAGGUGUGGAAAGGAAAAGAAUCAUAUCUGGGGAAAUGAUGGCUUUGAUCAACUGGAAAACAUAAUGACUAGAAUUCUGCUUGUCUCUGCUUUUUUUAUAAUCAUCAAAAUCCGUGAACAUUAAAGAAAGUAUUCCCAGAAAGGCUGUCCUGUCACCUACUAGAGGUAGAUCAUGCAUAAAAGGUAGAAAAUAUAGGUAAGGGCAAAAAGAAACAAAUGUUUUCUUCCUUGUUUACCAUUUAUAGAAGAAAAAGGGGCAGGGCAUCAAAUGUAGAUAGUCAAAAUCCUCAGGGUAAGGGAAACCUGGAAAACUUAGCCAAUGACACCUUCAGCGAAAACAAUAGAUUAAUAGAGGAUAGAAUAGCUCAGGCUCCUCCUACAGGAGGUCUUGAUUCCCCAGCUGCCAUUUCUGCUGUCACCAAAAUUAUCUUUAUUUUGUAUACACUCAUAUCUGUACAUACAACCAUAGUUUCUUCCAGGAAGUUAUGUUUCAUUUUUGCCUUUGUAUUCCCAGCAAGUACCUUGUAUCAGUCCCUGGUGCAUAGUAGGCCCCUAAUACACGCUUGUUAAUUGAUAGAUGAACUAGGCGAGACUGGGAGAAUUGGAUAGGAUAGGGUAAAAUGGAGUUUUCUGAGAUGGAAAGCAAUCGAAAUCAUCUAAACCAGUCUCAUUUCCACAGGAAGAAACUCAGAGCCCAGGAGAUACCAUGUCUCAUAGUAGCUUUCACAGAUACUAAAUAACAUAACUGAGGUCUUCACUUUCAACUGUUCUAUACUUUAUCUUACACAGGAUUUAAUUUUUGUUACUUUUUAAUGUGUUUUGGGGUAGUCAGAACUUAAGUGAAUUAGAAACCACUCUCAAUAGAGCAGUUGGAGGGCACAGUGGAUAGACUUCGACUAGAAUAAUGAAAACUUGGCUUCAAAGCCUGCUUCAGACACUUACUAGCUGUAUGACCCUGGGCAAGUCACUUAAACUCUGUGUCUCAGUUUCCUCAUUAGUAGAAUGAGUGUGUUGGACUUGAUGCCUUUCCAUAGCUGUAAUUCUCUUCCCCUGAUGGGAGCUGGCUACUGGAAGGUUUAUUAUACAUGUUUUCAGGGUGGGUGCUUAGUAGGGUUAGGGCACCUAUCUCUGAAACAUGCUGUAAACACUGGGAUGUUAAGAAUAUAAAGGGGCUAGUUCCUUAUAUUAAAAUUUUAGAUAGUUGUAAGCUAUAUGCAACUUGGUGGGGCAGUGGA